GAACAGAAGAGAGAGAUGCAGAAAUCCUUCUCGUUGAUCCAAACGGUGGCAAUCUCCGGCGUAUUCUCCGCCGUCUCUUGUUGGUAUGGGUUCAUGUUCGGUCGAGAAUCCGCGAGAAAAGAGCUCGGCGGUUUGAUCGAAGAACUCCGUCGUGGAGGCUCCGACUCUGCUUCUCCUCCUCAUUCGUGAGUUUUGAUUCGAAGACGGAACUUUCUUCGUUAUCUGUUAGUUUCGAUUUCAAUUUCAUUUCCUGUGAAUGAGAGCAAUUGUUGUAUAAACUAUGUGUUAUCAAAUCCUACGAGUUAAUUCAAGUAUGAAUAAUUAUUUUGUCUA